AUGAUAGACGAAAUUACAAAAAGUUUAUUUCCCUAUGAUGCGAAAUUCUUUAAAGGUCUUUUCGAUAAAUAUAUGAAAGAAGAAGAUUAUAGCAAAGAUUUGAAAUGCUUACAAAAUACUCGAAAGUUAAUAGAAGAAAUAAUUAGUAAAGAAAAUGGAUUAAAUUUUUAUAUAGAUGAAAAUUAUGAUGAAAAUUUUUUAAAGAAAUGCAAGUUACCAUAUUUUAAAAAAUUGUUAAAAUAUAUGAAAUAUAUAGAAGAUCUUAAAGAAAAUGAAGUUAAGAACAAAAAUGUUGAUAAUGAAAAUAUGAUAGAUGAUGAUGAUAAAGAAGCAGAUAUACAAAAGGAAAAGAAAACACAAAAAAAAAAUAUAUGUGAUUAUUUUAUAUUUAAUAAAAAAAUCAAUGUGAUAAAUAAUUAUAGGAUGCAUUAUUAUUGUUCAAAUAUUAUUCAGUCGAUACCUUCUCUUACAUAUUUAUCUGUUAUAAAAAUAUAUUUACAAAAUUAUCCAUUAAAAAUAUUCUUAACCUGUAUAUAUUUUUACACGUUCGUGACAUACGUAUGUGAUAGAGACAACGUUAUAGAUUUUUUGGAGGCCCUAUUUUUUUCCUUAAUGGUAACCAUUGGAUGCAUAUGCCUUACUAUUGUGCAUUAUAUAAAAGAAAACAGAAUUAACUCUAUAACAUCCAAAUUUAAUCAUAUUAGAAAAAAUUAUAUAUGCCGUAAUUUUAUUAAACAUAAUGUAAAAAAGAAAAAAAUGUUAAUGGACAAAUUUGAAAGUAAAAAAACUAUGGAGAUAAAAAAAUAUUCCAAAUACUUUUUUUUGAAGAGCUUCCUAAAUAGAGUUAAUUCAGAACUAUAUGAUUAUGAACAUUUCAAAGAUACAUCAGACAUAGAUUAUAUACCCUUUGAAGUAAAUGAAAAUAAUUUUAAUUUUGACUCUGAUAAUUUAAACAAUGAUGAAUUAGAAAAAGAAAACAAAUAUAAAAUAAAUGAAAAGACUGGUAUGGAAAAUAAUGAAGAUUUGGAAAUAAAAAAUAUAAAAAUGAAAAAUAAAAAUGAUAUAGUUGAAGAAUAUAAAGAAAACAAAGUAAAUGUAGAAAAAAUAUUUUUGGAUAAGGAAAAGAAUAAUAAUAAAAUGAACGAAAAUAUAAAUGAUCAAUUAAAUAUUAACGAUAAAGGAAAUACAUAUAAAUCAAGAAAUAGUAUAAAUAAUAAUAAAGUAAAUAUUAAUAAUCCUAUUAAAAUGAAUGAUAGUGAAAAUGUAGUAGCAAAUAAUAUAGAUAAAGAUACAUUAAAUAAAGAAUCAAAUAUUAUAAUAUUUAUUGAUGAAAAGAAAAAAAACGAUUUAUUAAAUUAUAUAUAUUUUGAAAAUAACAUUUAUUAUAUUAAUGGAAAAAAUCUUCUUGUUGGAGAUAUUGUAUAUUUAUUUAAAGGUGACAUAAUACCAGCUGAUGGUAUAUUAUUAAAAGGUAAUAAUAUGAUAGUAGAUGAAUCUAAUUUGACUAAUAGUCUUGAGAAGAAGAAGAAAAAAAAAAUAAGUUUAGAUGAAUAUACAUAUGAGAUGGAAAAAAUGAAAAAGAAAAAGAUAAGUGUUGAUGAAUUAAAAAAAAAAACAAAAAUGAAUUAUUUUGAAAUGUUAAAUUUAAAAGUAAAGAUGAAAAUAAAAAAGUUCAGUGAAGACAUUAAUAUAAAAAAAAAUUCUAAUAUAGGAAAGAAUAAUGAUACAUAUAUAAUGAAUGAUAUAGAAAAUAAUGAAAAUGUGAAAAAAUGUGGUGAUCUAAAAUUUGAUUCAAAAAAGAUAUUUGAUAAGACGACUCAAGAUGAAAAAAUAAAUAACAUAACAUUACAUAAUAAUAAUAAUAAUAAAAAUAAUUGUUGUGGGUAUGAUAAUAAUGAAUUAUAUGAAAAAUAUGAUGAUGUGUGUCCUCUUUUAUUAUCAGAAUCUUCUAUUAUUGAAGGUAGUGGUAUUAUGAUUACAACAUGUGUUGGUAAAUAUAAACAAAUGUUUUAUUAUAAUUGUAUAAAAAAAAUAGAGAGUAGUACUAGAAUAGAGAAUUUAAUAAAUAGAUACUCAAAAAAUAUGGUAAUAUUAAUUAUAUUUUGUUGUUCUAUAUGUAUCCUUUUUAUCUUUAUUCAUUUUUUAAUUAAUUUAAUUGAAAAUGAUAUGCAGACAUUUGCAUAUAAUUUAUUAAUGUUUUUAUUAAAUACAAUAAUAUUAGAAAUUUUGAAAUAUCUGUUGUUAUCAAUUGAUCAAAUGCCUUUAUUAUUACAAAAUUGUUUAGCAUUAUAUUCUAGUAAAAUAUUGAAAGAGAAUUUUAUAAUAAAUACAAAAAAUACAUUUGAAAAUAUUCUUUUUUCUAAUACAAUAUUUAUUGAUAUUAAUAGAUAUAUGAAAUAUAAAUGUGUAUAUUUUUUUUUUAAUACACAGUAUACAUAUUCAUUUGUUAACAAACAUUUUUUAUAUAACACUAUGAGAAAUCAAACCCCUUCUUUCAAAAUAUUUAAUAGAGAUAAUGAUAAACAAAUAAGGAAUACUUUAUGUUUUCAUUUAUUAAUUGAGUGUAUACUUACAACUAGUAAUAUGUAUCAAUAUAAUGAAUAUUUUUUAGAUAUAGAUAUGUGUUUAAUAAAAUUUAUGAAGAAUUUUCAAAUAAAUGUCGAAAAUUAUUUUGUUAAGCGUCACAAUAUAAUACACUUUAAGUGUGUUAAAGAGAAGGCUGUUUUUACCUUUAUUCUUUUAAAUGAAGAAAAGAAAAAAAAUUUAUAUAUAAAAAAAAAUAAAAUACAAGCUGAAAAACAAAAAGGUAAUGAUAUUGAAAGGAAAGAAAGUGAGGAUAAAAUUAUGAGAAUAUUUAUUAAGGGUCAUGUCGAUUAUGUAUUACCUAAAUGUAAAGAAUAUCUAGAUGGAGACACACAAAGGGGAGAUAUUGAAAAGAUAAAGGAAAAAGUUGAAAAUAUAAAAGAUAGUGAAUUACAUAUAAUCAUUUGUUUUGCUUACAAAGAUGUGAGAAUAAAUGAAAAUAAUAUAGAAGACAACUUAUAUAUAAACAAAAAAAAUAAUGAAUAUAACAUUGAGAAUAAAGAAAUAAAUGAUAAUAAUUAUACUUGUAUUAGCAUAUUAGUAUUAGAGAAAUAUUUAAGUAAAUAUUUAUAUUUUGAUUAUUCAAUAUUAGAAGCUAAUAAUUUGAAUGCUAAAUUUUUUACAAAGAAUAAUUUAGAAAGUAUAAAUAAAUUAUUUCAUAAUUUUGGAAAACAUAUGGAAAGAAUAAAAGCAUAUGAUGCCAGAAAAAUAAAUGAAAUGAAUAAGUCUGAUUUAAUUUUUGAUGAUAAUGAGAUGAUAAAUGAUUUUAAUAAGAAAGAAGCAAAAGAAAAGAAUAAUGAUGUAAGGAAGAAAAAAGAAGUACAAAAAGAAGAUGAAAAUUCUGAUGAUGAUAUUAUAUAUUUAAAAAAUGAAUUGAAUGAAACUAAUUUAAAAGAAUAUAAUAAUAUAGAAAUUUACGAAUUAAAGAAUGAUAAAAAUGAAAUAUCAAAAAAAAAAAAUAAAUUAAAAAGUGAAAUAUGGAAUUUAAGGAAAUAUGAUGAAAGUAGUACUACCAAUUUGUAUAAUGAUAGAUAUACACAAGAAAAUGAAUGUAAUGAAAUAAGAAGAAAGCAAUAUAAUUUUUUAUUAAGUCAUAAUAUAUUUUAUAAUUGUCAUAAAAAUGAAUUAGAAUGUUUAUUAAGUACAUGUAAUAUGUAUGGUAAGAACACUGUCAUAAUUAAUGAUGACAAGUAUAUAUCACCAGAAAAUAACAACAACAACAACAAUAAUAAUAAUAAUAUUAAUAAUAUUAAUAGUAGUUAUAGUUGUAGUUAUAGUUGUAGUAAUAUAUAUAAAUAUUGUAAUAUAUUAAUAUGUAAUAAUAAAUGUACCAAUGAUAUUAAAGAAAAAUGUGAUAUAAUUAUGUUUAAUAAAAGUUUAUAUGAUUAUAUAAAAUUAAAAUAUAUAUCCAAUUGUAUUUUGAUGAAUAUAAAAUUAUAUAUCGAAUAUAAUAUAAUAUUUUAUAUAUCACUUGUAUUAUUUUCAAUAAUAUCUACUUUAGUAAAUGGAUUAGAAUUUCUAAGUACAGUUCAAAUAUUAUAUAUAUAUAUAAUAAAAAAUAUAUUUUUUCAUUAUAUUUCUUGUUAUAGAAAAUGUAAUUAUAGUGUAGGUGGUCAUGAUCCAAAUAAUAAAUAUUCUUAUAAUUUUUUUGAAGAAAAAGAUAUCAAUAAUAUUAUAUCUUCUAUAUUAUCUAAAAUCAUAAUUUUAUUAGUUGUAUUUUUAUUUGGUCAUUUAUUUAUACCAGAAAAUAAAUGGAUCUUUAUAACUGAUGAAAUAAGAGAGACAUUUGAAUUUUCAGAAUUUUCUUUUUUCACAGAUAGACAACAAUCUAAUUUUUUUCAUACAAUUAGAUCUAGUUUAAGAUUUAAAAAAAAUUUAGAAAAUCUUAAAAUUCAAAAUAAUAUUGAUAUUAAAAAUGACUAUAGAACAUUGAAUGAAUGGGAAUUUCAUAUAAGUCCUAGUAGACAUGGUACCAUUAUAUUUAAUGUCUUUUUUUUGUUAUUUUUCUUUUCAUAUAUUUAUUUAUAUAUAAAAACAUUUUCUAAAGAAUUCCAAAAUUAUUCUGAACAAUUUAAAGUUAAGAAGUAUAAUUAUUUAUAUUUUAUAAAAAAAAAAAAUGAUCAAUCUUAUGUAGCGAAAGAACUUUUGAAAAGACUCAUCGAUGAUAUAAACAAAAAUAUUUUAACUACAGAUGAUAAAAUUAAUAGUAAUAAUAAUAAGGAUGAUAAUAAUGAUACUAGCAUAUACAAAGAAACAAAUUACAAAACUAAACAAGAAUCUAAAAUAUUAAGAAAAAUUUCUACUUCUUUAUAUAAUAUAAAAAAUGAAAUAAAUAAAAAACGUGAAAUGAUAAAUAAUUCUAUAUUUAUGGAAAGUAUUUUAGAGAAUUAUAAAAUAUUUUUUCUAUUUUUAUUUAUUAUGAUAAUUCAUAUUUUUGCUAUUCAAUAUGGAUCUUUUUUUUUUCAUUUUCAUGUAAAUGGAUUGACUCUUAUUCAAUGGCUCUUUUCCUUAUUCUGUUGUCUUUUAGAUUUCUUUAUUUAUACCCUUAUAUCUUACUUUGGAUUUUUUCAAGUAUCUUCUGAUUUUUUUAAGAUGUUUCAAUAUUUGUAUGAACCUAGAGAAAAAAAUAUAUUCGAUUCCUUGAAUGAAUAUAGAAAAAGUUCUACUUCACACAGAUACAAAUAUGACCUCAAGGAGACGAGAAAAAGCUGGGUAUAA